AUGAUGCAAACUCUACUACUGGUUCUGUUGGCACUGAUGCUCACCAUUGCUCUGUAUUCGAAGAUGCAAAAAGUCUUGGUUCGAGUUGGUCUUUGUCGCUUUUACAAAGUGAACACAGCAAUUGCAUUGAGCAAUAAUGAUGUUAUGCAUAAUGGUAUGGAAGCUCGCAACGAAUACGCUCGCUUUAAUCAAGCUUUGAGCGAUGACGCUCUAUCUACUUUUGAUAAUGAAAUUAAAUUCCAAUUGCUCACCACUACCAUUCAUCAUAGUGUCGAUAAUGAGAUCCAGCCCUAG